AUGUCUGGCUUCAAGCAGGUGGAGAACCUGGAGGAUGGCAGCGAGCUUGAGGCUGAUGUUUCUAUUCAAAUGAAACGGUCCACGUUGAAGAAGACGGCUGUAGCACUGGCAACUGCGAUGGUCGUUUGUGUUGGCAUUUUCGCCUUGUCAACGAAUGGCUUCAGCCGCAGCUGCAGCAAUGUUGGAGCUUUGCAAGGCAAGUCUUCUUUGGACCUUAGUUCCGCCAUCCGCAGCACUAGUGAAAAACUGAUCCAGGCAACCAAGAACAACCAAACUCUGGCUGAUGAGACUGUGCUGAAGGCCAUGGUGAAGGCAGGUCGCAAGGUUCAGGACCAUUGGGAGAAGCACCACAUCCGCAAAUUGGACACUCUUAUGACCAUCAGAAGGGUGAAAGGAUUCCGCCAAAGACAAAAGGCCAAACUUGCUGGAAUGGCAGAAUGCUCCUUCAACAUCUUGGAGGCAUUUGUCUCAGUGGUGGGUAUGGGUGAUGACAUCAAUGCCAUCAUUCGCACUUGCCCUGCACCUCGUGAUGGUGAGUCUGAGUUGGCUUGCCAGGUAAACGGUGCCAUCCUGGGUGCUUGGGUGGGCAACCUUGCUGCCAAGCUGGCCUUGGCAGCUUCAGAUUGUGCCUUGAGCCUCAACGUGGAUGCCAUUUGCUCUGCUGGUGUCGCAGGCUUGGUGUCAGCCAUGGGAGAGAUUGCAGCUGGAGCUUCUUUGGGUGUGGCCUGUUCCGGAACUCCGCCACAACUGAGCACCACCAAGGUCAGUGUCCUGGGAGAUCAGACCGUCCGGGACAGCCGACGUUUGCUGAUUGGAGAAGGCGCUGUCGGCAAUGGUGUGCAGUGUGGUGUGGAUGUGGGCAUGGUGGCAGCCAACAUUGCAAACAUGGGUCUUGCCAUCAACAAGGCCGUGAAUGUGAACAAGUGCAAAGCGAGCACCUUUCGCUCACCAUUGAACGUGUUCAAGGGCAUCCCAGAGACACUUUGCACCAUUGACAUUGGUGGUGCUGUGGCGUACAUCGGUGAGGUUGUUACCUUCAUCAAUCUCAUUGUGGUUCACUGUAAGGACUUUCUGGAUGUCAACGCACUUUGUGCUGGCUCCAUAGCUGCGAUCACCACGGGUGCAGCGGCCAUUGUGCCCUACGGCGCAGCAGUGCACGCGGCCUGCGCGAACAACCAUUUCUUGAAGACACCCAAGAGUCAAGCACAGCUUUCGAAAUUGUGGUAUUCCCCAGGCUAUGAUCCUGUGUCAGGCUUGCGUCGACGCUUGACGGAGGAGGAGACGGCUGCUAAGCAACCCUUGAAGGAAAGCUUGUCUCAGAUCGCGGCGAACCGUGAGACUUUGGAGGAGCUGAAGAAGGCGACGGAUGUUCCCAAGCCGGGCAGCACAGAGGCAGACAUGGAGACUCUCUUGAACCUCAUGGGCGGAGAGGACAAGGCGCGUGUCGCCUGGCAAUGCUAGGUCACGUUCAGAGCCGUGAGGACGGCUUUUCCACGUGUGGCCUAUUCAAAUCGUGUGGUCAGAUAGUGUCAGAAGAUGAAAUCCAACUGACGCAUCGCGAAUCACAAUUAAUUUGAGUAUACUUGGAUGUAUAGGAUAUAUUUACUUGAAUCAUUUGGACUUACUUUCUAUCAGCUAAACAGCUGAUAGCAGCUGUUGGUGCUAGGUCAACAUGACAGCUACCUGGAUCAUUAAUGAUUUGGGUAGGCUGUGUAAUUACUUGGGUUGCUUCAGCUGACUUGACGACAAUCCAUGUCGAAUGGUACAGGCAAUACCCUGCAGAUUGUGGGCUUUGCAGCUCCAAAAAGAGCUGUGACAUCCGCAUUCCUGUCCAUAGUGAACGGGCGG